AUGAGCAGCUCGGAAGAGGAAUGGAUUCUCACAGCGAAAACGGAACCGACAAAGCUUUUGCAUAUGGUGCAGAGAUUCGCAUUCCCAGAUGAAUUGAUGGCGAGUUUAAGCGACAAAAUACUCAUGGAAUGGACAGCGCAAUGGAGACGAGAUUGCGUGCUGGCGAGUCUCAUCGCGUACCGCAGUAGAUCAGACGACAGAGGAACACUCAAAUGGCUAGAUGAUUGGAAAGCACGCUUUGCUAGAGCACCGCCCCACAACUUGGCCCCGUUAGUGGAUAGUCGUGAUGACUGGGUCAAGUUACGCAGCAGGGGCUACGGACAAGAUGAGAUCCUCAAACUAUGUGACGUAGGAAACAAGCGCCGGCUGGCCCAGCAUCUCAUGUGCGCCCUAAUUUUUGAAAAAGAAAUUAGAGCGAUAACAGCACGAGAAUCGGACAGUGAGAACGGUGCAUUGACGCGGCUCCAACGACACUUGUUCGCACUGCGGACAGUGUCGGAGUUCCAUACUGCGUAUUCAGCGGACAAUAACUCGGUGGAUUGGUAUGCCCUCGCGCGCUACUUCUCCACGGCCCUAGAGCAAGGGGGGCCAGAGCGCGGCCACCCAUAUUAA